AUGUCUCAGCAACAUUUCACAACUCCACCAUCAAUAUUAGCACGUCAAAAAGAUGGUGUUGCACCCAAAAAACAGACGCGUGAAGAAUAUCGUCAGCAAAAAGAAUUAGAAGAAUUGCGAAAAGCUGGUUCAGCUCCAGCUGAAGUCGAUGAAGAAGGCAAAGAUAUCAAUCCACAUAUUCCCAAAUAUAUGGUUGAUGUUCCAUGGUAUGUGACGUACGAUCAUACACGUCCAACAUUAAAACAUCAACGAAUACAUCCAGAAAAAUCAAAAAAUCAUACGGAGGAUUUAAACAAAUGGUAUCCACGUGGUCAAGUAGAGAGAGUAGCCACUAAAUAUCGUCCAGGUGCAUGUGAAAAUUGUGGGGCAGUCACUCACAAGAAAAAAGAUUGUAUUGAACGACCGAGACGUGUUGGUGCACGUUUUACAGGUGAAAAUUUUGCUCCGGAUGAAUAUGUCCAAUCGGAUAUUAAUUUAAGUUGGGAUGGAAAACGUGACAGAUGGAAUGGAAUCGAUAUUAAUUGGCACCAAACGAAAAUACAUGAUGAAUAUACGAAAUUAGAAGAUGCGAAAAAAUUAUUGAAGUCGAAAAAAUUAGAUGACGAAGAAAAUGAAAUGAACAAAGGAUUGAACGCAACUGCUGCGACGACGGCAACAGCAACAGAUGAAGGAGAGAAACAAACAAAAGUAGAAGAUGAAGAUAAUUUAGAAUCAAUCGUGACUGUGGCUGAAAAAGUUAUAGACGGAAAUGCGGAAAAAUCAAAAGAAAUACCACCAGAAACAAAACGUCAAGCAAUUCCAACAAAAGCUGCAGCCGUAGAUUCAGAUGACGAAAAUGAAGAUGAAGAGUUUAAAUAUGUCGAAGAAAUGGCUAUGCCCGGUCAACAUGUUGAUAGUAAACAGCGUAUUAGUGUUCGAAAUUUGCGUAUUCGAGAAGAUACAGCAAAAUAUUUAUUAAAUUUGGACUCGGAAAGUGCCUAUUAUGAUCCAAAAUCUCGAUCAAUGAGAGAAAAUCCAUUUGAUGGUACUACAAAAGAUCCGGCAUCAGUACCGUAUCUUGGUGAUAAUUUUGUACGUUAUUCGGGUGAUGCCAACCAAUUUGCUAAAACACAAAUGUUCGCAUGGGAGGCCUAUGAAAAAGGUGUUAAUGUCCAUACUCAAGGUGAUCCAACCAAGUUGGAAUUGUUAAAUAAAGAAUUUAGUGAGAAGAAAAAUGAUUUUGUUAAAAAGAUUCAAUCGGAAUUAAUCGAACGUUAUGGUGGUGAAGAGCAUUUAAAUACAUUACCAAAAGAAUUAGUAUUAGAAGCACAAACAGAAAAUUAUGUUGAAUAUAAUCGGUUUGGUAAAGUUAUUAAAGGAAAUGAACGUUUAACUACAAAAUCAAAAUAUACAGAAGAUAUCUAUGAAAAUAAUCAUACGUCUGUUUGGGGUUCGUAUUGGUCAAAAGGAAAAUGGGGUUAUAAAUGCUGUCAUUUAUUAAUAAGACAAUCCUAUUGUCCAGGAUUUGUAUUACAAGAAGAAAUACUGCAUCCACAAGAUGAAGAAGGAUCUAUUGAUGAUGAUCGACAAAAAUCAAUGGUCGAAUUACAUCGUGAAAAAUUAGCCAAACAAAAACCAUCAAAAGCCGUCGGUAAAGAUGAUAAAGCGUUAAAAUUAGAUAAGAAAAAAAUACAAGAAGCAGCUAAAAUGAUUGAUGAACGUGAACGACAAGCAAAUGAACUGUUGAAAUUAGAUGAAAGAAAACGUUCAUAUAAUUCGUUGCAAACCGAUAGUACUCUUGCUGAACCAACCGAAGAAGAACUUGAAGCAUAUCGGCUAAAAAAAUUUAGACACGAUGAUCCAAUGUCACAGUUUAUGUUAAAUUCUUAA